AGACUAGCUAGAAUUCAUACGAGGAGAAAUAUUGAUAUUAUGGCCAAUUUGAAGUUUUGGGUAUGCCUUGUUUUGCUGUUUCUUACAUUAGCAAUGUCAGAAACUAGACAUCUUGAUCAGCCUUACCUCGGGAGGAAGAACCUAGCAAGGAUUUUGCAAGAACUGCAAGAGAAAUCGAAACAAGUCGAUGUGAGAUUCAUAGAUGAUGGAGAUGUGGCUCGAAGCCCUUACGAAUCCAAACGACUCAGCCCAGGAGGGCCAGACCCCAAACAUCACUAAAAUCUCACUAUAGGACUUCCAUGCAUGUUCAUUCAAGUUCCGGCAGAGUAAGUCACCAACUGCAAAACCAAAGUGAGACUAGUACUUUUCAUAAGGUUCAGUUUGUGACUGUGAAUGCUAUUAUAUAAUGAAAAAUGUAAUGGAAUGUAUAAGAGAAAUUCUGGCUUUUGGCAUCGGACUCAAUUGUUCAUGAACUGAAUUAUCAUGAACAAAGAUCAAUAUAUUUGCACUAAAUUCCAUCUUGUUUUUCUUUAGCUUUACUUUCUUCUACUAACUUGGGCAAACCAAGACCAUGUCUCCCUCUUGGAUCAAUAUGUUUCUAGUCAUUUCUUUUUUGGAUAAGAUUUCAUACACUGAAA